CUCGAGUAGGGCCCAAGCCAGCCAGGAAGGAGGAGGCAGCCAGAGUGUUCUCUGCAGCAGAAGACCCCUUGCUGCCCUGCUUAACCCAGACCAGCAUUUGCCAGGGAGAAUAUUCCAAAUCCCUGGGGCAGCCACAGAGAAGGCCUGGUCCCGAAUCACCACCAAACGAGCUGGUGGCAAACCUAACUGGACCACUCCAGAUGAUUUUAAUAGGCAGCUGGGUUCAUGACAAAUAAGACACUCCCUUACGUACCCUGGAUCCAAGCCACUGAGGGAUUUAUAGACAACCACAGGGCUCUGUGGGCGCCAGGAGUCGACACUGACUUGACGGCACACUUUACCUUACCUGAAGACCAUGCAAAUAAUGGCCCCAGAAGACGGAUAUUGCAAGAAUGAAUAUGAUUCUCUAUUGUGUGUUGUGGAGGAUCAUCCACAUUAUUUACUUUUCUGCAAACUGGGGAGACUAUCCUCUUUUCCCUUCACUGGGGUGUUCCAGAGGAGAUGCUGUAGAGACUAAUGCUCUCUCAGCCAAGGACCUGCCUACUGCUAGACUAAGGUAGAACUCAGUGCUAGUUAGUUGAUGUUUUUUAUUUUCUUUUGAAUUCCUGUGUGCCUUUCUUUUACUUCCAGUUUCCCCUAUUUCCCCCAGUUCCUUCUUCUGUAGGCAUCCCUUGUUUCUUAAUAAAGUUCAUAUACUUAGAAGUGGCUUCAGGCUGAUUUAACAGGUUCUGGAGGAUUACUUGGAAAACUGUUCCCCAUGUGCCUCAUAAGGUCAUUCGCUAUUGUUGAGUUGUUUUCAGAAUAAUAUAUCUUUAUCUAGCGCUGGGUUGUGAGGACUCUGGCUGUACAGUGCCUAUAUGUAAGUCCCAAGCCAGACAGUUCUAGGUUGUUGAGGCAGUGUCUAAGCCUGGUCAGUGGCUUAGAUCAGUCUUCAGCUGGUGGCAGCCUACCUUGAAGGAGCGGAGUGCUCCUAGAUUUGGGAUCAGAGCAAUCUCCCUACUGAGGGUGGAUCCCAGGAAAACACAGAGUCACCCCCAUUUUGUUACAAUUGAAUUGUGAAUUGUGAAUUGAAUUGAAUUGCACGGCAAAGCUUGCAAGGGUCCGAGUGGUCAUAGGAACAUAGGAAACUGCCAUAUACUGAGUCAGACCGUUGGUCUAUCUAGCUCAGUAUUGUCUGCCCAGACUGGCAGAGGCUUCUCCAAGGUUGCAGGCAGGAAUCUCUCUCAGCCCUAUCUUGGAGAAGCCAGGGAGCGAAUUUGGAACCUUCUGCUCUUCCCAGAGCAGCUCCAUCCCUUGAGGGGAAUAUCUUACAGUGCUCCCACUUCUAGUCUCCCAUUCACAUGCAACCAGGGUGGACCCUGCUUAGCUAAGGGGACAAGUCCUGCUUGCUACCACAAGACCAGCUCUCCCAAAGUGCGAUUUGGUGUUAGCAAUUUGGCACCUGAGGCAAGCGUUUCACCCUGCCUCAUGAAAGGAUGGUCUUUUAUUUUCCUGGUCCCGCGGAAACUGAAAUUUCCCUCCUGGUUAUCAUGGCAGCAGAACACUUUCUCACAUCCUUCUUUUCGAACUAUUUAUGCUUAGGCCUCUUGCCGCAUCAAUCGGCUGUGAAAGUGCCAGUGCCACUGUGUGAAAGAAGUUCCUUUUGCUUUGUCCCAAACUUGCCGUCUAUCGAUUGUCGUGGAUGACCCUCAUUUCUUUGAAUUCGAGAUCACACAUCUUUACUCAGCUUAACUGUCCAUGUAUAAAUCUGUAUCGUCCUCCCCCUCCACUAAUGACCAUUAAACGGGUCAUCAAAAGUUCCAGUUGUUUAAGCAUGUAAAGGGCUGAGUGUAAGAGCUGAGCUCAUAUAUCUGCUAAUUCCACCUCCCCCCCCCCCCCCCGCAUGUGCUCAUCCUCUGCUCCCUCUUGUCCCCCAGCUCCCACUUCACGUGGGCUGCGUAGUUUCCUUGGAGAGGUAAUCAAGGUGGCUGAUGCAGAAUUGCAUUGAUCAGCAAAUGAUGGGGUGGGUCAGUGAAUGAAUGAGUGGGGAGGGAGCCAGGGAGGGGAGGAGUCUCCCCCCCCCACUUAAUUUCCCCAGCUACCAGGGAUAUAAAGCCUUGCUUGGGAGAGCUGCUAACAGAGGCAUCUGCAAGAGACAACUGGAAGAUCACAGAGGGCUGUCUGAGCUUCACGGUCCCUUCCGAGCCAGCUCUGCUGUACUUGAUUCUACCUCCUUCUCACAAUGGUUGCCUCUCUGAAGCCUUGUCCCCUCGGGAUUGCUGUGACCCUGUGCAUCUUAUUCUGUUUGGGAGCCUUAGUGGACGCCUAUCCUCCCAAGCCAGAAAGCCCUGGAGAAGAUGCUUCCCCUGAAGAAAUGGCCAAAUAUUUCUCAGCUCUGCGACAUUACAUCAACCUGGUGACAAGGCAGAGGUAUGGCAAGAGAUCCAGCCCAGAGACCCUGAUGUCGGAACUUAUUUUUGGAGACAGCAGCAGCAGUAGCAGCAACAGUGAGCACAACGGCAGAUCACGAUUCGACGAUUCCUACAUGUGGUGAUGACCUUCCCAUUCCGUGGCUGGCAGGCAGGCCAUGGGUGGCCUCUUUUUAAACGUUCCAAUUCUGUGGUGUCGUUUGCAUUUUUUAACAACAAUCAAGCCUUGAUGAGCUGAAACCUUUCUUUAAAGAGGGCCUGUCCUCUCCCCCCACUCCCCCAAUUUCCUCUGGGAUAUUGAGGCUUGGGAAAGAAUCUCUUUUUCCAGACAACAGCAUUAGGACGAAGCCAUGCCUCUUCUUCUCAUAUGCCAGCAGGGGGCGCUGCAGGAGAUCUUUGUGCCUGGGGGCAAGGUGGGGUGUGCAUGUCUUUGGUGGUGGUCUAGAUUCUAUUUAUAGUGAUGUCUGUGUUGACUCACCAGUGAAAGUCCCCACUCUGGCUCUGUUUUAUACAUCAUUUGUGUGUCCGUGUGCGUGUAUGUGUGUGAGUGUAUGUGUAAAUGUUUGUAUUUUCAAUGAAGUCUCUCUGCGUCCACAAUAAAGAGCAAAUUUAACGGAGA